AUGUCCACCUACCUAGGCCGUGACGAGAAGGCGAUUCCGCUCUACCAGGGCCCUGCCCCGGCCGCUGCGCCCACGGCGUCGACGAGCCGCAGACGCACCUUUGGCGUCCUCGGCGCGUUCGCGCUGCUCUCCAUCUUCUUGCUACGCAGCACGAACCCCGGAUUCGUCCACUGGGCCUCGGGUAGCCAACCUGCGCGGGAUGUGGGACAUCCGCACGCGCGCCCUCACCACCACGACCUCGCGUCGACGGCCGAGCUGUGCCCGCAAGUCCCGGCGACCGUGCCAUCGAAGAACGCGGACGUGUUCGAGACGCUGAGCCAGCUCAUUGGCACGGAGGCGUUCGUGAACAAGUCUAUCGACUGGCUGAGCGGCGCAGUGCGGGUGCCGACGGAGAGCUACGACAAGAUGGAUGAGGUUGGCGAGGACCCACGCUGGGAGGCGUUUGGCCCGUUCCACGACUAUUUGGCAGAGGCUUUCCCACUCGUCCACGAGAAGCUUGACCUGGUCAAGGUGAACACCUAUGGCCUCGUUUACACAUGGAAGGGCACGUCGGAGGAACUCAAGCCGCUCCUGCUCAUGGCUCAUCAAGACGUUGUCCCCGUCGAGCCCACCACAGUUGACCAGUGGACGCACCCACCUUACUCCGGCUACUUCGACGGCUCGAACAUCUGGGGCCGCGGCAGCUCCGACGACAAGUCGGGUCUCAUUGGCAUCUUGACCACCGUGGAGACCCUGCUCUCGCAAGGUUUCACCCCCACCCGCACCAUCACGCUCUCCUUCGGUUUCGACGAAGAAGUGAGCGGCACUCGCGCCUUCCUCGAUCAGGGCGCCGGAAAGCUCGCCAGCUACCUCCUGGAGAAGUUCGGCGAGGAUUACUUCGCGAUGAUCGUCGACGAGGGCGGCGGAUACAGCGAGCAGUUCGGGGGCGUGUUCGCCAGCCCGGGCAUCGCCGAGAAGGGCUACCUCGACGUGCGCGUCGAGAUCCGCACGCCCGGUGGACACUCCAGCAUCCCGCCCGAACACACCAGCAUCGGCGCGCUCUCGCAGCUCCUCGUCAAGUACGAGGCGAACCCGUACACGCCGCACCUCGUGCGCGGCACGCCGCUCUACCUCCUCACGCAGUGCCUCGCCGCGCACGCGCCGGAGAUACCCAAGCGGCUCAAGCGCGCGAUUAGAAAGAGCGCGACGUGCGACAAGGCGCUGGCAGCGGCGGAGGAGGAAUUGCUCAAAGAUCUGAUGUUCAAGAGCCUCGCGGGCACGACGCAGGCGAUCGACCUCGUCUCCGGCGGCGUGAAGACGAACGCGUUGCCGGAGCAGGCCUGGGCCGUCGUCAACCACCGCAUCGCGACCGACAGCUCCGUGGAUGCCGUGAAAGAGCACGAUUCGGCGCUCCUCGCCGACCUUGCGGACAAGUUCAACCUCUCGUACACCGCGUUCGGCGAGAAGGUCUCGACCGAGGCUGAGGGCGCGCCCGCGUGGGGCACGCUCACGCUCACCGACGCGUGGGGCACCGCGCUGGAGCCCGCGCCGAUCACGCCCACCGACGCGGCGCCGUACAAGGUCCUCAGCGGGACGAUCAAGGCGGCGUACGCGGCGCACCGCGGCCUCAGCUACGAGGAGGACGCGAUCACGAUCGCGCCCGGUAUCAUGACCGGUAACACCGAUACGCGGUACUACUGGGCGCUGUCGAAGCAUAUCUUCCGGUACAACCACCAUCGCGCGAAGGGCAAGGUGCUCAACGGUGUGCAUACCGUCAACGAAAACAUCGAGGUGGACGCCUUCAUGGAGAUGAUUCGAUUCUUUACGACGCUGAUCCUCAACGUCGACGAGGCGGAGCUGUAG